CCCGCGGCCCCCGCGGCCAAAAUGGCCGACCUCCACCGCCAGCUGCAGGAGUACCUGGCCCAGGGGAAAGCCGGCGGCGUGGCGGCCGCGGAGCCGCUGCUCGCGGCAGAAAAGGCCGAGGGGCCCGCGGCAGGGGGCGGGCCGGCGGGGGCGUGGCUGGGCCGUGCUGGCCUGCGCUGGGCGUGGAGCCCCGCGGAGCCAUCGGGAGUGGCAGGGCCGGCGUGCUGGCCCGGCGUGACGCGCGCGCAGCGCCUGGCGGCGAGCGGCGUGUGCCUGCUGCUGGCCGCGCUGUGCUUCGGCCUGGCCGCGCUCUACGCGCCCGCGCUGCUGCUGCGCGCCCGCAAGUUCGCGCUGCUCUGGUCGCUGGGCUCGGCGCUGGCGCUGGCGGGCGGCACGCUGCUGCGGGGCGGCGCGGCGUGCGGGCGGCUGCUGCGCGGCGAGGAGUCGCCGUCGCGGCCCGCGCUGCUCUACGCGGCCGCGCUGGGGGCCACGCUGUACGCGGCGCUCGGGCUGCGCAGCACGGUGCUCACGGCGCUGGGCGCCUGCGUGCAGGUGGCCGCGCUGCUGGCGGCGCUGUGCGGCCUGCUGCCCUGGGGCGCCGGCCCCGCUCUGCGUCUGGCGCUCGGCCGCCUGGGCCCGGCCGCGGGCCUCGCCAAGGCGCUGCCGGUGUGA